CAUCCUGGAGGUAGAUUCCAGUUCACGCUUCGCUGCUCGGCUGAAAGCGUAAUGGCGGAUAAAAAUGAAUUUUGUCGUGAGAGGAAGAAAAGCUGGAGGUUCAAACUUGAUGCUACUGAUACUGGCAAGCGCAAUUUCGACUAUUGUCGUCUGAAUGAGUAUCGAAAGAGCCGUGUUUCACCGGCCAAAGAAGCGAUGGGCCGUGGUUCAGAGCCGGCAAAAACCAUCAUCGUUGUAUUUGGAGCCUCGGGGGAUCUUGCAAAAAAGAAAAUAUACCCGACAUUAUGGUUUCUCUUCAAAGAUGGGCUUGUUCCUAAAUCCACUUACUUUGUGGGGUAUGCACGCUCGGCUCUUACUGUGGCUGAUUUACGGAAUCAAGCAGAGCCUUUCAUGAAGGUCAAAGAAGAGGAAAAAACUCUUCUUGAUGAAUUUUUCAAUUGCUGCCACUAUGUUGCUGGUCCUUACAAUGAAAAGAGUGGAUAUUUGAAACUGAAUGAAAGCCUUGAGACAAUAGGUGGUAGUGGUCAAGUUAAUCGCCUCUUUUACCUGGCACUUCCACCCUCAGUGUUUGUUGAUGCCACCAAGUUCAUCCAGGCAGUUCUAAUGACCAACAGGGGCUGGAAUCGUGUUGUGGUUGAAAAACCAUUUGGCAAGGACUCUGAGAGCUCGGCUGAUCUGUCUAAUCACCUUGCUUCCUUGUUUGAGGAGGAGACAUUGUACCGUAUUGACCAUUACUUGGGCAAAGAAAUGGUGCAAAACCUGAUGGUAAUGAGGUUUGGCAAUCGUAUCUUUGGCCCUGUUUGGAACCGUGACAGUAUCAAGUCUGUCACGAUAGGCUUCAAGGAGCCUGUUGGUACCUAUGGGAGAGGAGGCUAUUUUGAUGAGUUUGGCAUUAUUAGGGAUGUCAUGCAGAACCAUCUGCUUCAGGUGCUCUGUCUAAUUGCCAUGGAGAAACCGGCUACAAAACACUCAGAGGAUUUGCGAAAUGAAAAGGUUAAAGUUUUAAAGUGCAUAAAGCCAAUAAAACUUUCUGAGACGGUCCUUGGCCAGUAUGUUGGUAAUCCAAAAAUGGAGGGAGAUGCAAAGUUUGGGUAUACAGAUGACCCUUCAGUCCCUGAUGACUCAAUCACUCCAACCUUUGCUGCCUCUGUGUUUUAUGUGGAGAAUGAGCGCUGGGAUGGUGUUCCAUUCAUUCUCAAAUGUGGAAAAGCAUUGAAUGAAAGAAAAGCAGAGGUUCGCAUACAGUUUACUGAUGUACCUGGAGAUAUCUUUGAUGGCAAGUGCAAGAGAAAUGAGCUUGUUAUUAGAUUGCAGCCAAACGAGGCUAUCUAUUUGAAAUGUAUGAUAAAGCAGGCUGGGAUGUCGUUUGACCCUGUUGAAUCUGAACUGGACCUCACCUAUUCCGAGAAAUUCCAGGAUGUGAAAAUGCCAGAUGCAUAUGAGCGCCUUAUUCUUGACGUCAUGACUGGCAGUCAGGGAAACUUUGUGCGAAGUGAUGAGCUAGCUGAAGCUUGGCGAAUAUUUACUCCACUUCUUCAUCAGAUUGAGAGAGAGAAAAUAAAACCAAAGCUCUAUGAGUUUGGAAGUCGCGGACCUGCAGAGGCGGAUGAACUAGUCAAAACGCAUGGGUUCAUCUACAGUGAUAGCUACAAGUGGGAGAGAACUAGGACUGUGUCCUCCUCUAUGUGAAGCCCACCUGUGGCGAUGUAAAGUAUAUAAAUAUUUUUCCUUGAAUGAUUGUAUAUUAGAAUUGAAUAUGAAGGUCCCUGUAUCUCAGGGUAGAACCAUCUUUAUUUGUAGUAAAAAAUGUAUGUUUGGAAUGCAUCAAUGCAGUCCUAUAGUUACAACCACGUUCUCAGCUUGCAAACAACCCGCACUAGAACCCAAGAUUUAGGGUGCAAAACGUGUUGAGAAUUUACCUGCUUUCGCAGUUCGUAGUAUGGGUUGGGCCACUUAACUGUUUUCAUUACUGUUUUUUUUUUAUUUGAUUUGAUCUCUAGUUUUUAUUUUUUUAGAAAGCUCAGUACAACCAAAUUCACCCAGUUUUUUGCACUUUUACGUUUUCUUAUAAAACAUUCCGUAGUUUAUUUGCAAUGAUUGGUUCCUUUUUCCCUAUGAGCAAUGAGCAAGCUAAAUUCUUUUGCAACUUUUAAAAUAGCACAUAGGAAGUCCUAUUUUUACUUGAUCUAGUCUAUACUCCAUAUGUGAUUGUAAUUGCCUAAGUGUAAAUAUUGCUAUAUUAGUACUGUAGUUGUUUAUCGCUUGUAUUGUCAUUAAAUAAAAUGAUGAAAUAUA